AUGUUCAAUAUUGAGAUGCCCAACUACGAUCCAUCUACCGAAGACUGGCUACACCUCUCUGAGCUGGCUCUGGUCAAAGGACGCUUCCUCUCAAAUAACAUGGUAGCCGGUCUCCAGACCUUACAUUUGAUGGCGCAUCUGCAUUUACAACUGGAUAAAGGCGGAAGAGGUGACAAUUCCUGGCCUCUGUGGGGACUGGUCAUGCGAUUAGUCCAAGCGAUGGGUAUGCACCGGGACGGUGCGCGCUGGAACCUCUCUCAAGAUGUGAUUGAGGAAAGACGCAAGGUCUUCUGGGAGCUGAAUGCUGCCGAUACCUUUCAGGCUCAUUGCUUUUCGAGGCCGUGCGCGAUUAAUCCUGAGCAUUGCGACGUCGAAUUUCCUGCCGAGCCGCUCCAUGUAAGCCAGGAGAAGAGCUAUUCGAGACUACGAUUCGAGCUAUCUCAGCUUUCUUCCGAAAUUCUCCAUAUGGCCAUGAAAGUACGGAAACCACCGUACUCUGCUGUCACCGAUCUAGACAUUAGGCUGGCGGACUUUGAGCGCAACCUUCCCUUCUCCCUUCGUUGUCGAGCAGCGUUCCUGUCCAUGCCCUCUCGGUAUCCCCACGUCCAGGCGGCAAUCGAAGCAUCACCAGAACCAUCCCGGAGGUCAAUGACCAUAUCCUUCCAACAAAGUAAUCUUGCACUUAACAUAUCGGAGACGAUAAUCAAUUUACAUCGGCCUUAUUAUGCCAAAGCGCUCUACGACAUCAACGAACGUACAAAAUCCAUAUAUGCGCCCUCAUUUCUCACAGUGAUCGAGCGUUGCGGGAUUAUCAUUGCAAUUGUUGACGACAUUCAUACCCGCUUUCCUGCGGUCAGCACCAGACAAUGGAAUUUCUGGUAUCACGUGUUUGGUUCGGCUCUCUGCUUAGGGACAUUGGUGUUGCGCGAUCCCAAGAAUUCAAUGGCUACUUUUGCUCUUACGCAGGUUGAUGCCGCGAUCAAUCUAUUCACUUCUUUGGUUCAGCACGGCGCCAACACUCCGAGAUACUGCCGUAAUCUGCAGUGGCUUUCGAAACUGCGCGCUCGGGCAUCGUCCAAAAUGGCCACAGCGUCUACCGCCGCCCAACAGGCCGACUCGCUGCGAGACCAGGGCGAUCCGGACAGGCAGGAAAUUGGUCGAGAAGACAGAGAGGAUAGUGAGGAUGUCGAGCUGCUCGGUUGGCGGACCAGGUUGAUUGAACGGGCUGGUCAAGGUCGUCCGACUAUCCGCACUAUUCAGCUUGCUGAGACGCCGACCGAUUCUCAUGAGAGCUUUGAUGUCUUAAACGCAUCGCCGCAUGGGCAUAUUCACAGAGCCCCUCAAGGUGAGCUGGGAAUGGGAGAUAAUAUCAUGAUCCCAGGUUCAUCCCUUCCUAUGGUGACCCCCGACUCGACAAACGAACUUUUACAAGACUUUUGGGAUCCAAUGCUGCUGCAGGAUAUAUUGGGAGGCAUUCCAGUGGAGUAG